GUAACAUAACCUUAAAAAGUGCACGUGUUUAUGGUGCGAUUAACGUGAUAUGUCUUUUUCUGUUAAACUUUUAUUAUUAGUUUAUUCUUUCUGAAAAAAAAAUACAAAAUAAAUUGCCAAAAUGGGUAAAAAAUCAAAAAUUGGAAAGCAGAGAAGGGAUAAGUAUUACCAGUUAGCCAAAGAAACUGGUUACAGAUCUCGUGCAGCUUUCAAAUUAAUACAAUUAAAUCGUCGAUUUGAAUUUUUGCAAAAAUCAAGAGUAUGUAUCGAUUUAUGUGCCGCACCAGGAGGAUGGAUGCAGGUAGCACAAAAAAAUAUGCCAGUAUCGUCAAUUGUUAUUGGCGUUGAUUUAUUUCCAAUAAAACCCGUUCCCGGAUGUAUUAGUAUCAAAGAAGACAUUACAUCGGAAAAAUGUCGAGUCGCAUUAACACGCGAAUUAAAAACAUGGAAAGCAGAUGUUGUCUUAAAUGAUGGUGCACCAAAUGUUGGAAAAAAUUGGCUUCACGAUGCAUAUCAACAAUCAGUUUUAACAUUAGCCGCUUUAAAACUUGCCUCACAAUUUUUACGACCUGGCGGAUGGUUUGUUACAAAAAUUUUCCGAUCGAAAGACUAUAAUCCACUUAUGUUUGUAUUCAAGGAAUUAUUCAAAAAGGUUCAUGCUACAAAACCACAGGCAUCACGUAAUGAAUCGGCUGAGAUUUUUGUUGUCUGUCAACAUUUUAUUGCACCCGAUAAACUCGAUGCCAAAUUUUUUGAUCCAAAACACGUAUUUUCUGAACUCGAAAUUGAUUCGACAAAUAAAUUAAAUUUCUUUCAUCCAGAAAAACAAAAGCGAAGCAAAGCCGAAGGAUAUCCAGAAAAUGAUUACACUUUGUAUCAUAAAUUAUCUGUUAAAGAUUUUAUUUCAAGUGAAAGUGGAGUUGAAGUUUUGCAAAAUGCAUCAGAAAUUGUACUUGACGAUGAGAGGAUAGCGAAUCAUGUGAGAACGACAAAUGAAAUAAAAGAAUGUUGUAAAGAUAUUAAAGUUUUAGGUAGAAAAGAAUUGCGAUUAUUGCUUUCAUGGUGGAAACAUGUGAAAGAGGAAUUAAAUAAAGAAAAUGUUGAUAAUGAGAAAUCAGAAGAUAAAGAAACUGAAAUUAGUCCAAUAACACAGGAGGAAGAGGAAGAUUUGGAAGAUGCAAAAAUUCAAGGAGAAAUUGAUAAAAUAAAAGAAGACGAACUUCGUGAAUUAAAGAGAAAGAAGAAAAAGGCAAGUAAAGAGAGACAGAAAUUAAAUGAAAAACUUAAUUUAAAAAUGGUAUUGAAAGGUGAUGAGGGACCAAUAUUAGAAGGAGACGAUAUGUUUACUUUGAAGGAAAUUAAAACUAUUGAUCAUUUAAAAUCAGUAAGCGAUCAAACACCCGAUGUUUUGGCUGAAAGUGAAGACGAUGACGAUGAGCCAAGUGCGAUGUCAAAAAAAAUUAAAUAUGAUAAAGAAGAGGGUCAUUUAGAUAGUUCUGGUUUAUAUUAUAAAGAUGAAAGUAGUGAUCCAGACAAUUCAGACGCUGAUGAAUCUGACAGUGAUAAAUCAGGAUUAGGAUUAAGUGAUUCAGAAGAUGAUAGUAAAAAAUUGAAACUAACUAAAAAGAAAAAACCAAUAAUUGACUCGGAAAAUAAUCCCCUUAUAACUGAUUUGGAUAAUCGUGAUAAAAAAUCGAAACGUACUCAAAAGGCACAAUUAUGGUUUGAAAAGGAUAUUUUCAAAAAUUUGGAAGACGAAAAAGAUGAGGACUAUGAAUUGGAUAAAAUGGUUGAAGCUUUAGAGGAAAAGGGUGGAACAGUUAUUAGUAAGAAAAAAGAUUUGUCAAAUAAUGGAAAGAGAAAAGAUGUUGAGGAGGAUGAUAAUUCAGAUUAUGAUAUGGAGGAAAUGAUGUCGCCAACAAAGAAAGUGAAAAAAGUUGGUGGAAAAGAUGGAUUUGAAGUUGUUGCUAAAGAAUCGAAGGAUAAAAUUAAAAAACGAAAAUUAACUGAAGAAGAUUUAGCUCUGGGUUCACUUAUGAUUAAAAGUAAAAAAUCACGACGUGAUUUAAUUGAUGGUGCUUGGAAUCGAUAUAUGUUUAAUGACGAUAAUUUGCCUGAUUGGUUCCGAGAAGACGAAGAUAAACAUAUGAAGAAAGAAGCUCCAGUGCCUAAGGAGCUUGCGGACGAAUAUAGAAAGAGAGUUGAAGAUCUUAAUGUUCGGCCUAUUAAAAAAGUUCUCGAAGCUAAAGCAAGAAAGAAGAAGCGAGCAAUUCGAAAACUCGAAAAGGCGAAGAAAAAAGUCGAGACCAUUAUGGAUAAUGUGGACAUGAGUGAUCGGGAAAAGGCAAAACAAGUCAACGCACUUUACAAAAAAGCUCAAAAAGAGCCGAAAAAGGAAUUGACUUACGUCGUUGCCAAGAAAUACAUGGCUCAGAAACGAGCUGUCAGACCAGCCGGAGUGAAAGGUCGUUACAAAGUUGUAGAUCCUAGAAUGAAAAAGGAUUUACGAGCUGCAAAGGCAAAAGAAAAGACGAAAGGUCGUGGAAAGAAAAGUCGCGGUAGCAAACCACCCAGGGCAAACACCAAAGUCCCAAAAGGCAAAAGGACUAAAUAAAAAAAGAAACCUAAUCUAUAAAUUUGGUUCGUGAUUUUUUUUUUCUAUUAUAUUUUUUUGUUCUCUGUUUAAUUGAAAAUGAAUUCUAAUUUUUUUACAAUUAGAAUUCUAAUUUUGCUAAUUUAAUUGAGUUUUGUAGAAAUCGAAAAUUUCUAAAAAGAAAAAAAAUAUAUAUAUAUAAUUUGCAUUUUUGGAGGCAAAACAAAAAAAAAAAUUGUGUUUCGAGAUUAACUUCGACUUACAGAUGAAAAUUAUUGUGUACAUAUUUAUCAUAUGUUGUAUUGUUGAAACUAUUUUUCAAUUCGACGGAAUACUGAAGAAAAAAUAUUUCUUUGAAAGAUACUUUUGAUAUUACAUUGAAUUUAUCUUUAAUGAAUAAUAAUAAAUAGAAUUAUAGUUGCAAA